AUGUCCGUCCAGUUCACACCAGAAGAUCCGAUCGGAUUAGAGUUAAAAGCCAACUUAAUCCAGGAAUUAAAAAAUCGUUACAACUGCUUUGACGAUGCCCAGGAUAUCGCCGAGUUCAUAGUCAUCUUGAUUGUCAGUAACAAAUCACCAGGGGAGAUUUUACAAGAAGUGAAGGAGAUUGCAGACAUACCUAUUGACAUUCCGUUUAUUGAGACCGUUUUCAGAGAGAUUGAAAGAAUACAAAGCGUUCAUCAAGGUGGUCAACAAGGAAUACCACAACCAGUUCCUCAGCAAGAACAGCCAGUGCCAGUACAAGCGCCAGCACAAGUUCCAGCACCAGCACCUAUGCCAGUUUUCGAUUUCACUCAGCCUCCACCUCAGUUCCAAUUUACCCAGCAGUCUUUAGAACAAGCACCUAACCAUGGCCUUCCACAGAUCCCCACUGGCCCCAAAGGAAUACAGAAUAGAAGCCGAGACUAUGACUCUCGUGCCAAGCAAGGAAGGGGGGGUAUUGGCAAGGCUGCCACCAACGGCAGAGAUAGAAAUGGGGCCAGAAAGGGUCUUAACCCUCAGAUAGUCUCCAAGGUAUUGGCUGACAACAACGGAAGCACAAACGUUACCAAAUUUGCUCUGAAAGCUUCCAAGGGCAGGUGUCAAGAUUUCCCUUACUGUAACAAUAAAGAUUGCGAGUUCGCCCACCCCACAAAGAACUGCUUUGCCUAUCCAAACUGCACCAAUCCACCCGGCACAUGUAACUAUUUGCAUCCAGAGGAGGAUCAAGAGCUCAUCGCCAAGUUGGAGAAAUCAAAACAAGAAUACAAAGAAAAGAAGAAGAACGAGGCACUUUUGGCUCAAGCCACAUGCAAAUUCGGCUUGAAAUGUACUAAAGACACAUGCCCUUUCGCCCACCCCACUCCUGCUAAUGGUCAAGCUAAAAUAGUCACUUUGGAUUGGUGUCCUUCUGGAAAGGGAUGUAUCGAUUCCAACUGUGGCAGGGCCCAUCCACCUCCUCCUUCAGCCAAGCCUGUGGUUCACGCUGGACCAAAUCCAGAAAUCGCAUUAGAACAAUGUAAGUUUGGUACCCAAUGUACCAACUACAAGUGUCCAAGGAGGCACGCCACCUCGCUCGUUCCAUGUCGUGCUGGUGCUCAGUGUAAGAGGCUUGACUGUACCUUUGCACACCCUUUCAAUGAAGUGUGUCGCUUUGGUGCCAAAUGUCUGAACAAGAACUGUAUGUACCAACAUCCUGAUGGAAGGGAUCUUCAGUCCAACACCUGGUCUAAGGAUACCACUACCUCCAACCGUGCGUUUGCCGUGCCUCAGGAUCAGGUGAUGGAGCAGGCAGUCCAAGACUAGGUGAACCAAUAAUUAUGUAUAGUGCAAUGUAUAUUAACU